AUGCUCAUUAACAAAAUUAUGUAAAAACGAAUACAAAUAUCUAAAUAAAUAAUAAGGUCAAUUUCAAACCUAUUACAAAAAAUUUUUAAAUUACCUUUAACAUCUCUAAGUUUGCCUCAAUUUCUAUUGUCAGAGAAAGUUAAGGAAAAACAAUUAAAAGAAAAUGAUAUGUUAUGGAUUGCAGCAAAUGCUGAGUAUUAGUCUUAUGAAUAAUUUUAGUGAUAAAAGAUGUUCAAUAAAUGAGAUUCAAAAAUUCAUUAAAGAAGAACCCUUACUUGAAUAAUCUCCAAUUAGACUUAUGUAUUUAGGAAAUAAUUAUUUUAACAUAUAAAUCCUAAAAAGAAAAAGACUAUGCUUCAAUUAUUAGAUGCUUAUGUUAAACUUAUCUGAGACAGAGAUCAAAGAUUUCUAAAAUGCCUAAUUCAUUUAUUUUGAUAAUUCAUAUGAAGGGAAAGAUUUAGAUGAAUUGAACAAUGAAGAAAAAGAUUUGCCAGAAUAAAUUUUGUGGCACCUUUAUAGUUUAAUGAUAUUUGAUAGAAUAAGUAGCCAAUAUGCUAGAUAUGAGUAUUUAGAUUAAUUUAGAAUCAUUGAAUAUUUUGAUAAAAAGGAUAAAGUAAUUUUUGAUUAUUAUUUAUUUAUAGGAAAAAAUUAAUCCAGUAAAGUAUGUUUUUACAUCUCAUCCUACUUAACCUAAUUCUCUUACUUAAUUGAUAGCUAUAAGUCGAAUGCUUUAGGGAAUAUAAUAAAAUGAUUACCAAUAUCUCAAGUAUGCUGCAAAACUAUUUAUCCAAUCAAACAAACAGCGUGUAUUUAAUGUAAUUGAUUUUAUGUAUUCUUCAGAAAGUUUCUUAUAUUCAGGAUCUCUAAUCUAUCAUUCUUAAUACUUACCUAAUCUCAUUAAAGCUGUAGCCUAAGCUUAUGAAUUAGGCUUAAGAAUUCAGAGGAAUUUAUUGAAACCUCUGAAACUUGGUUAACAUUUGAUUUUGAAAAUCAUCCUGGAAGGGUUAUUUUAUAUUAAUUGAUAUUUAGGAAAUUGGAAUAAUGACAUAUACACACAAUUUAACUAUCGAACUAACUUUACAAUAAUUUUAAGAAUAUAUUGCUGAAGCAAAAUUCGAAGACCAAAUUUAUUUUAAACCAAUGUUAGAGUUAUAUGAAUAGGGUUUAGGGUAUAGCAGAUAAAUAAGAGAAUUGAGUGAUAAGUUUAGAGUGAAAAAUGAAAUAUCGGUGAAGGAAUUUUUUCAAUAGUAACCAAUUUACAAUAUCAAAAAAAUAGAAGAUUAAAUUGAAUAAGUUUUAGAGCUAAUUUUACUACAAAAUGACAACUCCAAAGAUUAUUUUAUAGCUUUGAAAUUAGAAAAUUAUAUAAGAUUUUUAGGCUAACUGGUGUGCUGGGUUAAAUCAGAAUAACUGGGGAAGAGUUAACAGAUGUAUUUAUUUAUAAAUUUUAAAGAUAAACAAAAUGAUUAAAAACAUUUUUAAAGAAAUAUCUCUUCUUAAUGCAAGCGGGCAAGCAGCAGAUAUGGUAAUUAUUGCCAACUUUUAAACUUAAUCUUAAUAUGAUUUAGUAAAUGAAUUAAUUAAUCAAUAUAAAGUUUAAAAUAUGGAAAUAGUACCUUUAUUAGAAUCAUUUUCAUCAAAAAAUAAUACCGAUUCCAGAAUAACUAUGAUAGCAAGCAGUGAUAAGAGAUAAAGAGAUGGUUUGAUUUUGACAGAGCUUAAAAAUAUGAGAGAGUACAAAAGAAAUCCAGAAAAAAAUAUCUAUAUGGGUCAAGGUAUUACCCCAGAAAGAGGUGGAGGACCUUAUGAGCUAAUUCAUACGAAAUAUUAUGCGCUUACAAGAGCAUAGCGAAAACUUCAUAUUAGAACGAUACAAGGCCAUUAUUUUACAUCUGAAUUUGUAAGUGAAGAUGUUGCAUUUGCCUUCAUGCUAAGUGGGUUAGCCAAUAUUAAUUAUAGUGAUGAUUUUGAACCAAGUUACCAAUACAUGGAUUUUUUAUUUGAAUUAGGUAUUUUUUUCCGUAAAUUUAGACAAUUUUGUUGGUGUACCUUAAAGAGCUAUGUAAAAAACAAAAGAAUACAAUGAUUUGUAUGUAAAGAAUUAGGUAGUUAAAACUAUGGUGGAAUCAUUCAAUUUUGGAGGGAGUCGAGAGACGGCAAAGGCUUUUGAAAAUUUAAAGAACUAAAGAGCUAUCGUCCAAGCCUAUUGCAAUAGUGAUAGAUGCUCCUUUACUAACCCAGAAUUGGCAUAUUGGGAUAGAGUUCCGUAAGAAUUAGUAAAUAAAAUAGCUACAUAUUACUAUAAUUAUCAUCCUCAUAUGAAAUAUUUACUCUAUAUGUAUGCUCUAUGGUUAGAAGAAGCUACUUAGAUUUUGCCAAAAAAGAAGUUGGUUUAGAUUCUUCUAAUCCUUAUUUUUAAGCUAUGUAAAAAGGAACAGCAGCUAUGAUAGCAAUUUUGGAUCAGUUAGGUUUAGGAAACAAUAGUACACCUAUGAUUGCAAUUUGGAAGUAACAUUUAGGAUGUUAGUUACAAUCAAUGGAAACUGAAACAGAUUAGAAAUUUAAGACCUUUAUAACACUAAAUAAAUGAUAGUUAUAUUAAUUAAAAAGAUUGUCAAGCACGGUAUUUUAGAAACAGAUGGAUUUGCAAACUAAAGAAAAUUGAGACGCUUUCAAUCAACGUUAGCAAAUAUGACUUCUUUUGCUGGAAAGUUGCCAUAUUAUCCUUCUUAGAAUAUUAAUGA